GACGGAGUUCUGAAAAAAGAUGAUUUGCUCAAGAUUCAAGAAGAAUUGUGGGAUGCAAGGUCCAAGUGGAGGAACAUUGGACUGGGGCUCAAGAUCAAAGCGUCCGAUUUACAGGUUAUCGACCAGAACGAGGAUGACGUCGACGAUAAAUUUCAGAGCAUGAUUCUGAAAUGGCUUGAUAUUGACACGCGCUACUCUGACUGUGACUCGGACCCCCAACGGGAAGCGCGGUGUAAUGUACCCCCGCCAACGCCGUUCAGCGUAUCAGUGAAGGAUUGCUCCAUUACAAGCC